UGAAAACUCCAGUGAAAAGUCGGAACUGGUGAGCUUGAGGGGAGGAGAGAUCGAUGAGAAGCUUUGAAUUUCAUCUCCAUGAGAACCGCAUCCAUCUCACCUCUCCUCCUUGUGGUUCGAAGCAAGAAAUCCCAACCCCAAAAGGGACUUGAUGAAGCGCCACCAAGAAUUACAUCCAACGUCAAGCAAAAUUUGCAGUUUUUAAGGAUAUGGAGGGAGUUUCAAAAGCGGAAAUCAAGUGCACCAAAGCCUACGACUAGGUAUCGCAAAAAGAAAGCAGUGAAAGAGGAGCUUCCAGAAGAUACAGAACUUUAUCAAGACCCUACUUCAAAACUUUACUACACAAAUCAGGGCUUGGAGACAGCUAUUCCAGUACUGCUUGUUGAUGGGUACAAUAUGUGUGGUUAUUGGCCGAAGCUAAAGAAGCAUUUCAUGAAGGGAAGACUUGAUAUGGCUCGUCAAAAGCUAAUAGACGAGUUGAUCACAUUUAGUGUAAUAAAAGAGGUAAAAGUUGUGGUGGUAUUUGAUGCUAUGAUGUCGGGCCUAGCAACUCAUAAGGAAUCUUUUGCAGGGAUUGAUGUAGUUUUUUCAGGUGAAUCUUGUGCAGAUGCAUGGAUUGAGAAAGAGGUUGUUGCUUUGAAGGUGGACGGCUGUCCCAAAGUAUGGGUUGUGACAUCUGAUUCCGUCCAGCAACAAGCAGCACAUGGAGCUGGUGCAUUUGUUUGGAGUUGCAAAGCAUUAGUUUCAGAGAUCAAGGCUUCACAAAGAGAGUUCGAACAAAUUCUUGAUGAACACAGGUCGACAUCGGUGCAAGGAAAACUAUUGCAGCAUAAUUUAGAUGCCGAAGUUGUUCUUGCGUUAAAAGAUCUCAAGAAAAAGCUGUCGGAAAAUGAAGCUAAUUGAUAGAUGAAGUUGCUUGUAAUUAUAUGGGAGUCAAAUAUCUUUACUGUUUGGUUAUUGUAGCGGUGGCAUAUAUACAUUUUUUUUAAUUACAGUA